GGUUUGUUUACAUGUAUUCGUGGCAAGCUUCCUAACACCUGCCACGCCUCUCCACACCUGUCACGCCCCUCCACACCUGUCACGCCCCUCCACACCUGUCCCCAGUGUUAUAGGCGUUACCUGUGUGUUAGCGGCGCCAUGGAGGACCAGACUAGUGGGGAAAUAAGGGCGUCCAUGCAGCGGAUCUUCUCUAAAUAUGCCGCCUUGAGAGAUACAGGGGAAGACUCGGACACACCUUUCUGGGAUGCCGUGGUGCUGACGACCUUUGACGAGGCCCAGCGGAGGUGUUUUGAGGCCCAGGUGGAGAGAAAGAGAGAGAGUGGAGAGCUGCCCAAGGUGCCGAUAUUCGUGGUGGCGGACCCCCCAUGCCAGAAGCUAGGUGUGGGGGGGUCCACGUUGCAUGUCCUGUCCGAGCUCACCGAGAUAUUUGGCUCCGAGGAAUUACUACGGAAGAGGCUGCUGAUUAUUCACUCUGGUGGCAGCAGUCAGCGGCUCCCUUCCUACAGUGUCCUGGGCAAGAUCUUCGCUCCCGUGCCUGUGGAAGGGCUGUGCACCACUGGGGGAGGGGUGCCACAGAUGCUGGACCUCAAGCUGGCACUGUACCUCCCGCUGUGCCGCCUGCUGGGGCCCGGCGUGAUGGUGACCUGCGCCGACGACAUAGAGACCUACUGCCUUGACCUGACCUCCACAGACACUGAGGCACUGGCGGGGGCGGACGUGGUGGCACUGGGGCACCCCUCCAGCCUGGCGGUGGGGGCUGGGCAUGGCGUGUACGUCCUGGUGGGGGGCGGGGCAGCGGCGGCGGCCCGGGGUGGGGGCGGCAGUGUCCAUGAGUGCCUGGAGGUGCUGCAGAAGCCAUCUGUCACUGCCAUGAGGCACAGUGGGGCAGUCUUCAGGAGGGGAAGAAGAGAAAGAAGAGGAGGAGGAGGAGGAAGAGGAAGGACCAAAGAAAACACACACCUGAACCAAAAAAAGGAAGAGGAAGAGGAGGAGGAGGAGGAGGAGGAGGUCUGGAGCGACAGUGUGUUCUGGCUGGGUGCGGACGUCACCUCUCGCCUCCUCAAAUGGUACACUGAAAACAGGCCACUAGACAGAGAGCUGGACGCAUAUGCCCACAUUCUACCUUGUCUGGGGAAGCGCACAGGGCAUGGGGGGCGUUCCGGGGGCAUGGGGCAGGAGCAGAAGGGUCUCCAGUCCGGGGUGGGGCAGGAUUUCCGCCCCGAACUGACCCCAAUUCUCCGCGGGGCGAAGUUUAAGGUAAUCGCUCUUCCGAAAUCGAAAUUCUAUCAUCUAGGGACAAUGGGGGAGUAUUUAGGGAAUUACAAUAUGGCUAGGGAUUUUGUCUUUGAGUUAGGGAUUGUUCGGAUGACAGGGAGGGUGGGGGAGGCUGUGGAAGUGUGUGUUAGUAGUAGUGGUGGUGGUGGUGGUAGCUGUGGUGGGAUGUCAGGUUUGGUUAGGAAGGAAAAGAAGGAGGAGGAGGAGAGGAAGGAGGAGAAGAAGAAGAAACAGAAGGAGGAGGAGGAGGAAGAGAUGGAGAAAGAAAGGGAGGAGGAGGCGGAAAUGGAGAGAAAAGGAAGGAAUGGGAGGAAGAAGAAGGAGGAGGAAGAGGAGGAGUCAGAAAUGAAGAAAAAUGAGAAGGAAAAAAUGAAGAAGUUAAAGAAGAAAGAGGAAGAGGAGGAGGAGGAAGACAAGGGUGCCAAACAAGCUAGGCAAGUCCCCCCUCCCCCCCACCCACCCCUGAACCCCCCACAAGGCACCAUAAUUGAGUCCUACUUCACCAAUGGCACCAAACUCUACCUGACCAAACCUUGCAUUCCUUACGUCAUUGAACAGUGCCAUAUCGCCCUCCCCUUACGGCUUAGUGGGAGUGCCAUUCUGAGCAACUGUGCCAUCCUGCCCUGCGCCAACCUCCCCCCUAGCACUACCCUCCCUCUCCCCCCUGGCACUCUCUUCCACACGGUGCCAGUGCGAAAAAUGUCACGAUCGUUUUAUGUGACGGUGGCUUUCGACGUUGAUGCAAAAAUGAAGGAUUUCGGAAGUGAUUUAAAGGACGUUCGGGCCUUCGGAAGGACGCUUGAGGAUUACGCCCAUGUACUAGGACUCUCUGGGAAGGAUGUGAGGGGGGGGAGUCCUACGGUAUCCUUGUGGAACGCGAGGAUUUUCCGUUCCGCUCCAACUGCUCAUGAGAGUUUCGCGACGACAUUGGUAGGCGUGUGGAAGGUCAAGGGAGGUUCAGAGGGAUUUCUAAGGGUGAAUCAAGGGUCUAAGGGUGACUUCCAAGGGUGUGAGGGAGUGCAAAGGGUGAAGGAAGGCUGUGAGGGUGUAGAAAGGGUGGAGAAAGGGUGGGAAGGGAGAGAAUGGGAGGAGAAGAAGGGAUGGGAAAGAAAGGAGGAAGAAGAGGAGGAGGAGAGAGAGAGAUACAAAAGACAGAAAGAGGAGGAGGAGGAAGAAAGGAAGACGAGGAAGAAGUUAGCAGUGGAGAAAGAUGAAGAGAAGAAAGAAGAGGAAGAGGAGGAGGAGGAGGAGGGAAAGAGAAACAGAAGAGAGAAGAGAAAGGGAGAGAGAGAAGGCAUAGGAAGAACAAAAGAGAAGAAGAAGGAGGAGGAGGAGGAGGAAGGGAGGAAACACAGAAGAGAGAAGAGAAAGGAAGGGAGAGAAGAAGACAUAGGAAGGAGAACAGAGGAGAAGAAGAAGAAAGAGGAGGAGGAGGAGGAGGAGGAAGAAUUAUUUAGUAUGUCUGAUGUUGUCAAAUUUAAGGACUUAGAGAAAUUGCUUGAUGACAGAAAGAAAUUGAUUGCAUUGAUGAGGGAGUAAGAGAGAGAGAGAGGAAAUAAAAACCCUCUCUCUCUCUCUCUCUCUCUCUCUCUCUCUCUCUCUCUCUCUCUCUCUCUCUCUCUCUCUCUCUCUCUCUCUCUCUCUCUCUCUCUCUCUCUCAUUAUUAUUAUUAUUAUUAUUAUUAUUAUUAUUAUUAUUAUUAUUAUUGUUACUGUUAUUAUUAUUGUUAUUAUUUAGAGAAGAGAAUAAAUUGUUACUCUAUUAAAG